GCUCAGCUGAGCUGCAAAGAACGGCCAUGGCAAGAUGAGGUCCAGAGGAAGGUGACGGCGAGGUUCCCGACGCGGAGCAUGACGGCCGUGGCGGAGCUGGAGCACUUCAUCGGCUACGGUGGGAAGCACCUGGGCACGGUGCGGUACCACCCGCUGCAGGGGGAGACGCUGGUCUAUGCAGCAGCCUCUGCCAUCAUCAUCGAAAACGUGAAUGACCCACACAAGCAGGAGUUCCUGAGGGGUCACGAUGCCGAGGUGUCGGCCCUGGACGUGUCCCUGAAUGGCAAGCUCCUUGCCAGUGGGCAGCUCGGAUCUCCAUACAAGAAAGGCGCAGUGGCGCCUGUAGUUGUUUGGGACUUCGACAACAGAAGUCGCUACAUCGACUUCCACGGACUCGCCCAUUCGGUGCUUUGCGUGAGAUUUUCGCCGGACGGGCGGUUUCUGGUUGCAACGGGCGCCAACCAGAUGCUGUUCCUGUGGGAUGUCUCUACCGGGGAAGUGGUUUACAACCGGAGGACGGAGAGUCCUUGCUUCCUGGGGGUCUGGGGCUCCAUCUUGGAGUCCGGGCGAUAUCCGUCAUACCAGCUGUGCACGACUUACGACAGCCAGGUGCUGUAUCACCUCAUGAGUUUCGACAUGAGGUCGAUGUCUUACUCCCUGGGUAGUGAGCCAGUGCAGUUCCCGCCCUCGGGCCUGCAGCGAAAGCACAUCUGCGGCAUCGUGGUGGGGGACUUCCUGAUCACAGGUACCUCGGCAGGGGACAUGUGCGUCUUCAGCAUGAAGACGAAGGUGUUUCGCACUGCCCUGCCUGUCUGCAACAAUGGUGUGACGAGCAUCGCGCAGUUUGGCGAUGUGCUCUUUGUGGCAGGCGGCGAUGGCCGGAUCAAAGCCAUUCGAGGCUUUGACGUUCAAUGGGACGUCUUAUCAGAGAACGUGCUUGAGUCCGGCGUCUCCGCCCUGACUCCCGCCUGCGACGGUGCAGAGCUGAUUGCCGGCACGAGGAACGGCAAGAUGUGGCGCUUGCUGUCCUCAGACCUGACGGCCACCCUGCAGAUGGCAUCUCAUACCGGAGAGGUCACGGACAUCGCCUUCGGCGGCCGGAGCGACGUGGUGUGCACCGUGUCCGAUGUCGGGGAGGUUUUCCUUUUGGACCUCUCCGACUACAUGCCCGUCACCUCUGCCUACGCCAAGUCUCCCGCACGCACUGCCGUCAUGGCAAGCACUGGGGAGAUCCUGGUGGGACAUGAUGACGGGUACCUGCGAGCUUGGUCCUCCGACAGGGGUACCAGCCAGCAGCUCUGGCAGGUCAACUGCCACAGGCAAGGGGUCACGGUGGUGCGGGAGUCUCCCCACUUCAUCGUGACCGGCGGCGGCGACUGCGCGGUGCGCUUUUGGCACCGGAAGAGUCGAGAAAUGCUCUCGUCCUUCCAGAACCACCGCAAGCCCGUGGCGGACCUUGUGUUAGACCAGGUCACUCCUCACACGGUCCACUCCGGCAGCGAAGACAAGCUGGUGGUCACCUAUGACCUAAAGCAAAACAAGGCGCUGAUUCAGCACACCUCGCUCAGCAGCAACAUCACCGGCAUCACCCAGCGGAAGGACCACGACAAUGAGGUGGUGAGCUGCUCCCAGGAUGGCAAGCUCCUGUUCUGGGACGUGGACUACCCGGAUCCCACAGGCUGCAUCGACAGCCCCUCCGAGAUGCCGCUAAAGCUGCGGUGCUGCGAGGUGUCGCCCAACGGCAGAUACAUCGCGGCCGGGUCGGAUGAUGCCAGGAUGUACAUCUACGACUUGUUGUCCUGCCAGUGCAUCCAGGAGUGCGAGGCUCACUCAGGUGGCGUCACGCAGUUGCGCUGGAGCCCCGACCAGAAGCAAAUCAUCAGCGCCGGGAAGGAUGGCUGCGUGGUGGUGUGGAACUUCUUCGAGUUGUGAGCGCCGCGGCUUUCCUUCUUCCCGCCCGAAGAAACAAAAGAGUCGUAUAUUGGGGUCGGGGCCCG